GUGUCUGCCUACUUGUGUAUGUUUGUGUGUGUGCAUGUGUGAGUGUGUCUGUCUGUGUCUCCAAGUGUAUGCCUGAGUACUGUGCUGUGUGUCUCUGUGAAUCCACCAUCCUUGUCCUUCAACAACUCUCUGACCCAGCGGGCCUUGUGUUACAGGAUGUUUCAUCCACCCCCACGUUUGCAGACGAGGCGAGGCGGUUGUUUGGGGAUGAGAACCAGGUGGAGGCCAAAUAUGGCCAAGUGCCGAGGUCCGGGUGCAGGAAGCCACGAGUGCCAGCGUUGGGUGAAGGGGCGACGUGCUGGACAUCAGUGACCACCUCACUGCCCAGUGACCAGAGCAAGGACAAGAGGCUCCCGCACCCACAGUGGGAACCCAAUGAUGUGAUCUACUCACUGGCCGUGGAGCCGCAGCCGAGAUACAAGCAGCCGAUGGCCAGUGAGGCGGUGGACGUUGUGUACACGGAGGUGCGAGUGGGUCAGUGGCGGGAGGUCACAGGGUCAGUGGCCCCGGACACUCCCCCCCGCCUGUCCCCCAACAUCAACGCCAGAGUGAAGCCCCCAUCCCCCUCACACAAGGCGGGAGUGAACCCGAGACCGACAUCACACCCACCCCUCCCUCACCCCCCCAACCUCACAGCCUCACCGAGCGGCAACAUGUCCUCAGUCUCCACGGAUAACACCUACCGACACGUGACUGUGGCUCCAGCAAAGCGGCAUCAGGCAAAGCCAGACAAGGAUGAAACACGUAAAAGGUGGUUCUCGGACUGGAAGUGCAAGUAAAGGAAGGAGACCCACAAGUCCUCAUCGGACAAACGAGGGAGCAGUGGGAGAGUGGUCCAGAGCCAUGGGGAGGUGUUCAGUAACCUCCUGAUCCCUGCUGCUCCACGUAUCCACACCACUGCUAAGAACAGUCCUACAUUGACACUAACCCUGCAUCCUGCCUGUGCUUCAGACUCUGACUCUGAAACCUUUGCAGAUGUCGCAAUAAGCUGUCAUUAAUGUGAAUGUGGUUUACUCACUGAUUAGUGAGUUACCACUUUGUCACUUUGUCACAUUAUAUGAGCCCUUAGUUUAGAGAUACAGCGCAGAAACAGGCCCUUCGGCCCACCGAGUCUGCGCCGACCAGCGAUCCCCGCACAUUAACACUAUCGUACACACACUAGGGACAAUUUACAUUUAUACCAAGCCAAUUAACCUUUGGAGUGUGGGAGGAAACCGAAGAUCUCAGAGAAAACCCAGGCAGGCCACGGGGAGAAUGCACUAACUUCGUACAGACAACAUCCGUAGUUGGGAUCGAACCCUGGUCUCUGGAGCUGUAAGCGCUGUAAGAAAGCAACUCUGCUACUGUGCUGCCCCUCUGUAGCAGUGAAUUGCUAUUGAAACUGGGGCUAUUAUUUAAAUAAGUGGCGUGACUGAACUGUGUGAAAAUAUACAAGAAGUGAAUUUAUGCCCAUUUUACUCUUCCCCACUUGUGGACCCUGAGACUCAGUAACCCCAUCUGUGGGGCAAUGAUGAGUGUUCCAGGUUUCUGCUACUUGAUGCAAGGUGCUACCAUACAGUCCACACAACCUCUAGCUCCACAGCCACCAUGGGAAUCUACCACAAGUGCGAUGCCCUUAUUUUAGUCCUCACGUUACAAUCCACUGACUCGCACACUACCAGCAAACUCUGCCAACACUUGGGCCCAGAGCCUCUGAACACAAAUGCAAAGGCAGGGCUGGCUCCAAGCUUUAAAGAUGAGAAAUAACAUUUGUAUGAAACUUGUUAAGACCAUCCUGAGACGGACAUUUUCUAAUGUUUAAGUGUCGCGUUAGGUGCUUGUAUUUGUUGCCAUGGUUAUAUUAUUGAAUCCGAGCAGUGUACAGUAUUGAUAAUCACUUAAAUUAUUUUUGUUGUUUGUUUAAUAAAAUUAUAAUUUAAUUUAUGUUGUGUUGGGCCUGGAUUUAUGGAUAAGCGCUCACUGAGUGUGUAGGGGGGAGAAUGAGCUCAGUCAACAUGGUCAGAUACAGGUGGAAGGUCCAUAACUCACAGCUCCUGAGGCCCGGGUUCGAUCCUGACCUUGGGUGCUGUCCGUGUGGAGUUUGCACGUUCUACCUGUGACCACGUGCGUCUUUCUCCGGGUGCUCCGGUUUCUUCCCACAUUGCAAAGACGUGCAGGUUGAUUGGCCCUCUGUAAAUUGCCCCUGGUGUGCAGGGAGUGGAUGAGAAAGUGGGAUAGUAUGGAACUUGUGUGAACGGAUGGGCAGCAUGGACUUGGUGGGCCGAAGGGCCUGCUUCCAUGCUAUAUCACUGAACUAAAUUAACACUGACAGACUGAGUUUGUGAAACCACUGGGAUCUAUGGAGAGCCAGGAGGCCAUUCGGUCCAUCAAGACCAGUCUGGACAAUACUGGAUCAUUUAGGUUUAUCCCACAUCCUGGCUGUCUGCCCAUAGUCCCCAUGUUAUGUCUGUGGGAUGAGAUUGAUCCGCUACUGUUUAAUGUGUGGGGCUUUGUACCUGGAGCAGGAAGUUCAUAAAUCCAUGACGUAGGAGAUGAAUUAGGCCAUUCGGCCCAUCAAGUCUAUCCUGCCAUGUAAUCAUGGCCUAUUAAUAUUUCCCUCUCAACCCCAUUCUCCUGCCUUCUCCCCAUUACCCCUGACACCCGCACUAACCAAGAAUCUGUCUAUCUCCGCCUUUAAAAUAUCCACUGACUUGGCCUCCACAGCCGUCUGUGGCAAAGAAUUCCACAGAUUCACCACCCUCUGGCUAAAGACAUUCAUCCUCAUCCCCUUUCUAAAGGUACGUCCUUUUAUUCUGAGGCUGUGGCCUCUGGUCCUAGACUCUCCCACUAGUGGAAACUUCUAGUUCCUGACCCCACCACUCAGUGACCACACCAUUGUAAGCUCAUAAGUGAUAGGAGCAGAAUUAGGCCAUUUGGCCCAUCAAGUCUACUCCGCCAUUCAUUCAUGGCUGAUCUAUCUCUCCCACUUAAGCCAUCCCUCACCUUGUCCUGCAUCUGUUCACUGACUCAGUUAAAUCUCAGCUGCCCAGUUAAAGUACCGUUUGGUUCAAUUUCCCCUGAGGAUUCUUUCUUGAUAGAUAGAUACAUAGAUAGACUAUCCACAUAGCCUGGGUACAGUGGAUGUGGAGAAGAUGUUUCCACCAGUGUGAGAGGGCACAUCCUCAAAAUUAAAGGAUGUUCCUUUAGGAAGGAGACGAGGAGAAAUUUCUUUAGUCAGAGGGUGGUGAAUCUGUUGAAUUCAUUGCCACAGAUGGCGGUGAAGGCCAAUUCAGUGGAUAUAUUUAAGGCAGGGAGAGAUAGAUUCUCGAUUAGUAUGGGUGUCGGGGGUUAUGGGUAGAAGGCAGGAGAAUGGGGUUGAGAGGGAGAGAUUGGUGUAGUAGACCCGAUGGGCCGAAUGGCCUAAUUCUGCUCCUAUAACUUCUGAAUUUAUGAACAUAGAUAAAUGAUCAAACGAGCUGUGUGGAGCAGGAGUGUAGAGAUUCACACGUCAGGAAGUCAUGAUGCAUCUUUAUAGGACGUUGGUCAGGCCACAUUUAGAGUGUGGUGUGUAGUUCUGAUCGCCCCCUUACACCACGGAUGUGGAGGCUUUAGAAUGGGUGCAGAGGAUGUUCUCCAGAAAGCUGCUUGGAAUAAACGAGUUCAGUAUUCCGAAAAACGCAAGGAAUCAUGGAAUUUGUCAAAGGUCUUUCGCCAUAAAGAAAAAGCGAAAGAAACGCUGGCUGUAGAGACUGUGUAUAAAUUCUUAUCUUUAUUCAUAAUUUAUGUGUAAAAAUAGAUUUAAUCUGAGGAAUGGGGGUGCCAGGUAGCGGGAGAG